UGGAAGGAAGGAUGGGGCUACAUUUACAUCUUUGCCCAGAGCUGGGCGCCUGCUCACCAUGGACACUGCCGGAUACAGCAAGUGGGAUGGCAGACUGCAGGAGGUCCCUGGAGGGCACUGGGGACGCUGGGGACAGAGACCCCUCUUCCUGGCCCUGACUCUCGUGGUUGUCACAGUCCUAUGGGUCCUCAUUCUGAGCAUCCUAUUUUCCAAGGCCUCCACGGAGCGCGGGGCGCUGCUAGGUCAUCAGGACCUGCUGAGGACAAACGCUUCGAAGCAGACAGCGGUGCUGGGUGCCUUGAAGGAGGAUGUCCGAGCCUGCAAUAGCUGCUGCCUGGGGACGCAGGCGCAGCUGCAGACCCUGCGCACCCAGCUUGGGGAGGCACAGACCAAGGUGAUCCAGCAGGAGAGCGCCCUGAAAGAACUGAGCGAGCGCGUGGCCCAGGGCUUGGCUGAAGCCGGUAGAGACCGUGAAAACAUCCGCACUGAGCUGUUCCGGACGCUGGAGGGAAUCCGGCUCGGGAACAGCUCCUGCAAGAAGUGCCCCAAGUCGUGGCUGCCGUUCCAGGGCUCCUGUUACCUUUUCUCCCCGCUGCGGGCCACGUGGGUGGAGGCGCAGCAUAAUUGCGAGGGCGCCGGCGCGCACCUGGUGAUUGUCGGGGGCCUGGAUGAGCAGGGUUUCUUGAGUCGGAACACGCAGGGCCGCGGUUACUGGCUGGGACUGAGGGCAGUACGCCGGGCGCGCAAGAUCCAGGGUUACCAGUGGGUGGACGGAGUCUCGCUCAGCUUCAGCUACUGGAAUCGGGGGGAGCCCAAUGACUCUCUGGGGCGCGAGGAUUGCGUCAUGAUGCUACGCACGGGGAUGUGGAACGACGCACCGUGCGACAGCAAGGACGACAGCUGGAUCUGUGAGAAGAGGCACCAAUGCUGAUUUUGCCCAGUGCCCCAGAGCCUCGCCCACUGGCACUUGUCCAAUCGUCUGAGCUGCUCACCGUCCUGGCUCCGCGCACUGCCAUCGAUCCCCGGCACCCCCUCUACGGAGAACCACCCCACCACCCACAACCUAGGACUGUAACUGAGCUCUGGAACUUCUGCUCCAACCUCUGCAAUGCUCACAUGUGGAUAUAACCUAGUUUCCACCCACUGCAAAAUCUGGGCUCCUGGGCUGGGAAUCUGAUCCCCCCCCCCAGAAACUGCCAGAUGAAGCUGUUUGGUUUACUUGCAUUUUACCCCAAAUGGGACGCCUCACAGAUGGGCAUUUUGUGAGCUUUCUUUGCGGCCACAGCCGCAGCCGUAGGGAGCAUCAAUAAAUGUUUGA